GCUCGGCAGGCUCUUGUGAAUCCGGCGCGCCCGUUUCUCCGCUACGAUCGCCCUGCGCGGUGCCAUGGCGCGCUGGGCAGCCCUGCUCGCCUUGUGUCUGGCCGUCCUCCUGCAGGUCGGGCCAUGCACGGCCGACACCCCGGCCAACUGCACCUUUGAAGACCUGGAGGGCACCUGGGUGCUCCAUGUGAGAAGCGGGCAGGGGCCCCCGACCCGGGAGAUCAAUUGCUCCGACGCGGGUAAGUCGCGCAAAAAAAUAACCGUACAUCUUCAGAAACUUGACAUAGCUGAGGACGAUCGAGGGAAUUACGGCUUUUUCACCAUAAUUUACAACCAGGGCUUUGAGAUUGUCUUGAAUAGCUACAAGUGGUUUGCGUUUUUUAAGUAUAAAAAACAGGGUUCUACUGUGACAAGUUACUGCAAUGAGACGCUACCAGGCUGGGUGCAUGAUGUCCUGGGCCGUAACUGGGCAUGUUUUACUGGAAUCAAGGUCUCACCUUCAGGUCCCCAGGUUCGUGUGCAUCAACUGCCUCCUUGGAAGAGCUCAAGAAGAAUUCAGCAGAGGUUCCAUGUGACUAACUACGACUUUGUGAAAGCCAUCAAUGCUGUUCAGAAAUCAUGGAGAGCUACUGCCUACAGGGAAUAUGACAGACUGACUUUACAAGACCUCGUUCGGAGAGCUGGAGGAUUGAGAUCCAAAACGCCCAGACCAAAACCUGCCUCCCUAACUUCUGAAAUAAUCCAAGAGGCUUCUAAUCUGCCAGAAUCCUGGGACUGGAGAAAUGUGAAUGGUGUUAAUUACGUCAGCCCAGUACGAAACCAAGCCUCCUGCGGCAGCUGCUACGCUUUUGCUUCGAUGGGCAUGCUGGAAGCCAGGAUUCGCAUCCUCACCAACAAUUCUCAGACUCCAACCCUGAGCCCUCAGCAAGUUGUUUCCUGCAGUGAAUACUCCCAAGGUUGUGAUGGUGGAUUCCCUUACCUUAUUGCUGGAAAAUACAUACAGGAUUUUGGCAUAGUUGAGGAGGCCUGCUUCCCUUACAAAGGCACGGAUUCCCCCUGCACUUUUAAGAAUGACUGCUAUCACUACUACACCUCCAACUAUUACUACGUGGGUGGGUUCUAUGGGGGGUGCAACGAAGCCUUCAUGAAACUGGAGCUCAUUAAGCAUGGGCCGAUGGCUGUUGCUUUCGAAGUUUAUAAUGAUUUUAUGUACUACUCGGGAGGAAUCUACCACCACACCGGUCUGAUGGACCCUUUUAACCCUUUCGAACUGACCAAUCACGCCGUUCUGCUUGUGGGUUAUGGCAGGGAUCCCCAGACUGGUCAGCCAUUUUGGAUUGUGAAGAACAGUUGGGGAACCUCUUGGGGUGAGGAAGGUUAUUUCCGGAUCCGGAGAGGCUCGGAUGAGUGCGCUAUAGAGAGCAUAGCGGUGGCUUCCACACCUAUACCUAAAAUAUAGUUGUAAAAUUACCUCAGGAGACCUCUGCCCAGAGAGCAGGAGUGUCCACCCUACAAGUGCAAUGGGUGUUAAUUACAGCUAGUUCUCGACUUAUGACCACAAUUGAGCCCAUUUCCGUUGCUAAGCAAGACAGUUAAGUGAUGCCCCAGUCUGUUGUGUCCCAGCCUACGAGAGUCCUUGUUUAUGCUCACAAGGAUGAAACCCCUCUUCCA